GAGGUGCGGCGGCUCCCUUGAGCGUGCGCCUGCGCAGAGGCGUGCUGGCGGCGCGCAACGGCGGCGGGGAGGCUUGCCAAGAUGGCGGCCUGCGGAUCCGUGCGAGGUCGUCGCUGAGCCGCGGUCAUGCGGGAUCCCUGGGUCCCGCGGCUGGGGCGCCCUUCGGUUGACCCAACAGAGUGCGGAACAGUUCCUAACCCAAUGAACUAUGCCAUUGGCGCCUAGGCAUGGGACGGCAUCUUGGGAAGCGCUCUUCGGGCGGCUCGUGCUCUGGGCCGUUCUGUGUGUGUGCCGCGCUGACGACGAGGUGCCGCUCCAGUUCCGGCCGUCGGCCCGCUGCAACGCGUCGUGCAGCCGGGGCCCCCGCGCCGCCCUGCUCGGAGUCGCCGGCAGCGCUGCCCUUCUGCAGCCACCUGCCCGUCCAACGCCUGCUCGGCGGACCCUGCACGAGGCUCCGGCUACACACCGCCCUGCACAGGGACCAGCUCGCCUGCCAGCUCGCCUGCGAGUUCUCGGCGCUCCUGAGCCGCUUCGACUGCCUCGGAGGCUAUUCCGCCAAAUGGGACUGCCACACGUGUGCCGUGGUGUAUCGCGAGUGGACGUGCGCCAUGCUGGUGCCGGUGUACCCCGUGCCGUCGGCGACGCCGUCCAGGCAGCGCCCGACCCAGGGGGGGUCGCCGGAGCACCGCCAGCCCCCGGACGACGACGGGGAGCCUGCCGACGACCUCGUGCCGCUGCGCCCCUGCAGGGAGUUCUGCCACCGCGUGGAGGAGCAGUGCCCCUACUUCCAUCCGACGACCAGGGAGCAGUACGCGGGGGAACCCGUCUUCAUAUGCAUCGACCCCAACAUCCCAGACCUGCCGUCAAUCAGCAACUCAUCGUACGGGCCGCCGGGCAACUGCUACCGGCCGUGCCACGUGAACGCGUCGCUGGGCCCCAGCGACCAGUGUCCGGCGGCGACCCUGAGCACGGCCCUGCUGGGGCCCAGCCCAGUGCCGAUGGGCGCGGCGAACAGUGCGGGCCGCGCCGGGGGUCGGACGUCGGCCCCCCCGGGGGGCCCAGUGCUUGUGGUGACAGCAGUGUGGUGGCUCGUGCUCGCCAUACGGACCCGAGGCCGACACAGACUUUCAUAGCAGCGGCGGGACGCUCCAGCGACGCCUCCCUCCGCCCCCUUGGCGCCUCGUAGCCUCAAGGGUUUAGCCGAAACAAGGGCCUCUGCGCUCCCAGGGAGCAGCAGCAGAGCGCCCCAUGCCCGGACGGGCCCCUCGCCAAGGGGCCCCACCAGCGGCGGGGUCCAGCGCCCCCCGCCUGGGCUUCCGGCCCCGCCACGAGACGGCCACCGGCGACGCAGUGGCCGCCACCGCUAAAGUAUAGGGGAGAAAGAUUCUACUACAACGACGGAGGAACCACCCUUCGCGUUUUCCGAGGUGGGCCAAUCCCAGUGCUUCCUUCACGAUGCCGCCACCUGGGCCGGAAGCCCGGCCGGGACGGGCGCAAACCUCGUCGCCCCGUGCCUCCACCAUCCGCCGCCGGCGUGCGUGUGUGCCCCACGGGAGACAGAACCACUCUUUCCACUCCAAGCUAGGUCACUCUCGCCAUUCACCGCUCUCUCUGCGUGCAGCCAGCCGUCGUCUGCUCGGUUUGUGCCACCCCCGCCCCCGGCCCUUUGCCGGCACCAGCGACCAGUUCGUGGGUUGCCCUCGGUCCUUUUGCGUCGAGGGAGGGAUGCGAUUCGACUCGCGGGGAAGUCUAGCUUACGUCCACAGAGGAAAAAAGCAGUGAAGCCUGCAUUGGGUGGAGAAACGUCCCCUAGAAAUUGCUCUCGGAACCGUUUUCAUCGGCGGAGGUUUCUGUCGAAGCUGCCCCAUAUCCUCUUUACUGCGGGAAUCAGCAUCACGAGGAAGGCAGUGUGUAACAGAGCUAAGAUUUUUCUGCCUUUUAUUUUGUCUCGAGGACGCAAUACGGCAAGCAAGUCAACCAAAACACGUUGUUUGUGUGCAACCAAGCUGCUCCCCAGCAGACGGCAUUCUACUUAGUGAACAAGCAACAUCUUGACCGCCAAUUACUCAUUUACUAUAGCACCUCUGGUAGUUGUUUGUCAACAAAAGCAACACACCCCUAGAGGACUUUCGACUCCCUUUUCUCGAAGACCAAGUUUUCAUUCAAAAAGAGCGGUGGUGCGUUUCCGACAGCCACAGAAAAGGCAAGGCAGCCAUCACUGCAACAAGCAGACGACACCGCCUUUGUUUAUCUGAUGCGGCACGGCAGCCCGCCAGCGCCCACCCGGAGCAAUCCUCUAAUCAAAGCCCUGCACCGUGACCUCACUGUGAUCCGCUGCGAGUCCCUCCGAGAGAAGGGUUUGUGCUGCAUAUGUAGGAUGAAUAGCCCAUAUGCUGGUCCCUAUGCACUGCAUCAACAUUUGGCAAGCUAGCUGUCCCAAGAUAGCAUCCUAUGCCAAUAGAACAAUCAAUGAGGACUCUCAGCUAUAGCUAGUUCAGGUCACAGGAAGUUCCAACGGUGUCAGUUAGCAAGCAGGCGACUAUGAAAGCCUCUGCCCGCAGGUGUGCUUACCAUAAAAUACCGUGGGAAGCACCCGCGCCACUCUCACUGACAUUAGUGCAUGUCCGGUCAAAUCAAGCGCUUAGCAAACAAUUUGGGAAAUGUUCAUAGAGGAUGCUUGAACGAAAUGGGCGCUUCCGCGCUAUUUUACGGUAGAGUCCUCGAUCCCAGAAGCUGCUUCCCGUCUACCAAAUCGGGCAAUUGGAUUUCUACACCUAAUGCAGGCACCAUUGCAUUGACACGAGGUGCAUCUCCAAUUUAUAGGCUUACGAUUGACAAAUUAAAGGUGACCAUGCAGCUUUUGCUUUUUGUCGUAACAACAGUGCCAGCGAAUAGUUUAAGUAUUUUGUCACCCGGUACAUACUUUACAGACAUUCUUUCAAGAAUAUCCUGGGGGCAAUACUGGUAAUGUUUAGUUACAACUUGGUGGGCACUUCCUCAAAAGGGGAAUUAUUGCAUAAACUAUCAGUGAUUAACAUACGUCCCAUGUCUCCUCCGAUAAAAGUUCUGUUUUGUAUCGUGAAGAUCCGAAUCACAUUUGGAAUGCCUGUCAAUGAGAAGUCACUUUAGCAUUGGCUAUGACAAAACGACUGUCGACAGACUACCACGGCAUCAACAAGAGAACUUCCACUACCCAGGAAUCAUGUCGCUUCGAAUGACGUGAAAUCCCAACAUGCUCACCUUUCAGCUGUUCACAACUAAUUGGCAGUGAACAUGACACUUAAGCAAAUGAAAGGUAGACUCACUAGAUGAGCUGCAGAGAAAGCAUAUAGUAUGUAUGCUUUGAUAACUUGCUUGGAAUGUGACCCAGUUAAAAAAAAGCAGCACAGGGAGAGCAUGGAGUGAACAAGACUAAUUAUGGCACUUGUCCAGUCACACAAAUUAGUACACAUACUUGACAUUAUAACGAGCGAAAUUGCAACCGUACGUUCUAUGAAGGCACAUUUCUUUCUUCCAGUUAAGUUCUUUGUACCUGAUAAAUGGCACGAGGAAUAAUAGUUAUCGGGAGCGGUGUCUCAACUAGCUUUCACUGAGCAACAUUGUAAGCGCUACACAUUUCCAGUCGGGAAUGAUAGGAGCGGUAUUCUGAACUUCCCCAAGGCCGCCGAGUUGUUGAGGCAGUAUAAAAUGUGCAAAGAGUAAAAACAAGGGGAAUUACAAGCUGUACAGCAAUUGCCUCCCUUAAAUGCGACGAAAGGGACCACCCAUACAUGUUUAGUCAGCCAGCAGACUAAUAAUGCAUUGAAUGCAACGAAAGGAGGAACUAAAACUUUGUGAAAGCAUUGAUGUCAGCAGCCACAGGUGGGGAAAUAGCCAAUGCUGAGAAUGAAUUUUCCAUUCCGUCACCUCUCUUGUACCGCGCCAUGGGAUAGGCAAGGCGAGCGCAGUCGAGGUGGUCUGGAUCAAUGGAGGAUGUACUCGUUGCUUCUUUAGCCAAGUCACCCAGUGGAUGGGUCUAGAGAACAGGUGACCAAGUUAAACCAAAGUUGGUGAGUCACCCGACCCAUGUUGACGGGUCACCAGUCCCAAUUUGACGGGUUGCUCGUCUCAAGUUGACGAGUUACGAGUCCCAAGUUGACGGGUCACCCGUCAACUUGGGACGGGCGAUGCAUCAACUUAGGACGGGCGACCCAUCCUAACGUUGAACGGUGCUUGUUGCGUCCUAUUAGCGCUUUGUUUUACGUCCCCCAAUGAGUUUGCACCACUCUUCUUACAUUGUUGGAGGGUCGCUCUGUGUUGAUGGCCAGGGACCGUAAAGGUGGACAAACUUGCGCAGAAUAGUAAAACCUUUUAACGACAAUAACUACGCACGACAUUGAAGCACAGCAACGAGAUGUGUGAAACGUGUCACCGGACAAGACGCCAGGUUGCCGAAGAAACGGGGACAAAUGCCACGGCCGAAGACAGCCAGUGACCGGCUGCAACGCGCUCAGACAGCGGCAUGAAGCGGCGUGGCUGCGCGUCGUCUGCAUCGUCGGUGCCGGUAGCGGAAUUCUUCGAUACACGCAAAAAAGUUUCAUCAUCUGCUUGUGAGAUUUGUUAGCCAUACGUCCAUUUAUGAGUACCUGAUUUCCCUGUGGUGGUGUGUGUGGCAACAAAUUCUGGUGUGUGUGUGUGUGCGCGCGAGCAUGUGCAGAAAUGCAAAUGAGUUGCCCCUCGGUGGCUGAAGCCAGUGGAGGGUAAACAAAACAAAAAAAAAAGAAAGAAAAAUACAAGGACUGAAAUAACUAUAACAAAAAGUAUAUGUGGGCAUGUUUUUGUGUUUUUAGGCUGUCGGGGGAAAAAAAAAACUGCCUUUUUUGUUUUUGUACUUGGCUUGUUCCGCAAGUUUCUGUUCUGACAGCUGUUGAAUCUGCCGCUGCACGUGAUUGCCCACACUUUAGCAGACGGUAUUUCAGGAGGCUCGACGAGAAGGGAAUGUCUAUGCUUACACGUUUCUGCAGGUGUUACAUUCCGCCCCCUGGUGGUUAGUUGCGCGGGGGAUACGUUUGCUGUAGUUUGGGCCACUGCGUGCAGCCGCCGCGUUCUGUUUAAAUGUUGACUGCUCCGCUGUUCUAGAGUAUCUAUUGACAAAUGCAGGGCUUUAGAACCAAUGUUUAUGAAUAGAACGGCGAUGCCCAAUGAGUUUGCAAAAAAAAGGGAGAUAUAUAGUGGUAUACACACACACAUGCUUGUGUAUGUAAGUAUGUUUGUAAUAUACUGGGUUCAAUGUGACGACUGCAAACCAAAAACCAGACAGCGCAAGCUCCUGUGUUGCAGUUCCCUCACUGCUUUCACACUUAGCGUUUGCAUUCAGAGUUAGUUGUGCCGGCUCGCACAAAUGCAUACACAUCAUCGUGUGUGUGAACACCCAUAUAUGACAUAGGUCUGCAGCAAUCAUAUGCAAACGUACGAAAGUUAAAAAAAAAGAAAAAAAAAAGAUGCCUGUUAUGUAUAAUGUUUUGGAACGGAAGGUAAUAAAACAGAGACAAUGCUAACUGACCUACGGUGAUCCACUGUCCAGAAAGCUUUCGACAUCAAGUGGCCAGGAGAACAAAAAAAAAAAAAGUCUGAACCUUUUUGUUUUUUUAAGACUACUAGCAUAUUGAGAAAAUGAGGAUUGCAUUUCAAAUUUAGAUUUUGUAUGUUGUACACACAUUCACACAUACAUAUAUAUAUAUAUAUAAAUUGUUGGACCUUCUUUCCUUGUUUCAGAACCAAGUAGAAGGUUGGUUUUAAAAAGGCGAGGCAAUGAAGCAAAAAAAGAAAAGUGCCGCACGAAAAUGGCUAUAUUUGCAGCAGCGCAGGGUGCCGCGGAGUACGCAGCGGAGCGACGACCUCCCCUCGUAGCGAGGUAAAGCCACCAGUGUCGUGGCACCAACCGAGAGUGCCAAGGUACAAACAAACAUGCACGGUUAUUGGCGCACCAAUUCCCCGCCGCUUUCCUUCUACACACUCGUUUUCUAGGGCAUGAGAUGCCAGGGUUGACAGACACGUGUAGUCCUCGAUUGGGAGAAGCACCUCUCAUUGUUGCGUAGAAAGCUCUUAACAAAUUACAAAAAAUAAACAUUUUGAGAAAGGCGAACAAACUAGCCAAUUUUCUCCAGACCCUUCCUUUCUCGCGGACAAUGCGCGCCCUGGCGGAAGAGGAGGAAAACAGAAACGCGGGCACUUCGUAAAAAGUGGGCGGACAUAUUCGCGGAAAUCAGCCUGCUGCCCCUAGUGUAUGAAAUGCACACCUAGCACUAUACAAUUACGACGCGAGGAAAAAAAAGCCACGUGGAGCCACAACAAAACAACUUUGUACAGAGUCGUUUUCUGUCCGCAUACUAAACACACAGCAUUUUCUACUGCCCGUCGAAUAGUAUGCGGGAAAAAGGAAUGGAGGCGUCGGACGGAAGACAACCUUGCAGGCACUUUACAGGGGUCCAGGCCAACCUGCCCGGGUCUGGGCAUGGCCAUGGAAGGGUCGCUUCAUUUUUAGAAAUGCAUUUAAAGAGAAAUGAAAUGCCAAGGAGGGGCGCAUGGGCACACUUUGGGCGUCUGACAAAAUUCUACGAACCUGUUGAUGAUGGAGGCGUUAAUGCGCAUCCUCUCGUAAUAACGGAGGGGAGGGGACAAAGGAGGGUCUCUUCCCCCCCACCUCUUCCCGGUGCCCCCCCCCCCCUUCCCCCCCCCUCUCGAAGCGUGCGACGGAAUUCCUCCAUCGGGGACUCGGCAAACGCAGGACCCCGGACAAUAUAUAUAGGAGAAGAAAAAUAAAAAGGUUUAUAAUAAACUUUUAUAAUCUGGCUCCCCAAGUGUAGAAUUGUACAUAGAUACAACCAUUGUUGAUCUGUAAUACAGUUGGUACAUUAAAGAAUUGCCCCAAUGU